UCUCUCAACAGCACCUACAAACCCACGGGCCACGGCCUCAACGGCACCUACAAACCCACGGCCUGGCAGCAGAAGUACCAGCAGCGCCGUCCAUGGAAUUCUUCCCGGACAGGGCGCACUUGCGCCUGCGGAACCCUGUGAACAGCGCGUACCUUUACGCCAUGGAGGACGGGGUGGGGAUCACCCUGCGCCGGCGCAGUGGGACACGGAACGAGGCGUGGGCGGUGCACCGCGUCGAGCUCAACGGCGCCAACUACGUCCUCCUCCACAGCGCCGCCUACGGCCGGUACCUCGCCAUUGUAUGCGAGGAAGCGGCUCCGGCGCCGUCUUCGGGCCAAGGUGCAGGCGCCAGCCACAUCUGCCGCGUCGUCCAGCGCGCCUACGACGCCCCAGGGCAGGACGACGUGCUGUGGGAGGUCCGCUGCGUGGACGACGGGUCCGGCGAAGUCCAGAUGCGCAAUCCCACGUACGGCGCCACGGGCUACUACGAUGGCCAGAAAAAAUGGAUGCGAGUGAUGGUCGAGGCCAUUCCCCCAAGAGCGGACCCGCCUGAACAUCCUCUGCCUGUGAUUUCGUGGAUGAGAUGGCAACAGCAGUUCCCCAUCGUUGGCCGGCUCCGCCGCCAGUGCCAGGGAGUCCAGGGGCAACCGGUGCUUCGGCGGAGGAUCUACUAUGUGCGGGCGGACGAUCAAGGGAACUUCAACUCGGACGCCUGGAGGAUGCUAUGGUUCCUUGACCGGUCCGUGUGGCACCUGAGGAGAGAUUUAGCAGCCCAGGUGGGUGUGGGUGAAGCCAACGCCCUAGACAUCACGCUGUGCGUGCGGGCCGGCUCCAACGGCCGGUUGACUCCUCUUGUCAUCGACCUGCCUUCCGAUGAGCAGGCCAUGCACGUCGUCGUCCUCAACACUGAUUCACCAGCUGCUGAAGCUUUAGUGCACCCAGAUGUUGGUGCACCGUAGAGGAAUAUUAGACCAAGACUUCUGACAGCAACAUCGCAGUUCAUCUCUUCAGAAAUGAGCAGUUCCCUGCUUCGGAUUCAGUGAGAUGACAACUGAUAUUUGUUCUGAUAGCUUCAGAAGACUCAGUCAGUCCAUUUGGGAUUUAUGUGUUCCGCCAAUCGGAAGCGUUUUGAACUGGCCUUCAAGUUUCAAAACUUCAAAACUGCUGGAGGCGUUCUGUGGAAACAUUGUUUGAACUCACUUUUUUCUUGAUAUACUAGAUGAAUUCUCCGCGCGUUAAAGUUGAUACAAAUUCUUCUCAAAAAGUUGAUGAAAGCUACAAUAAAAGUUUAAUUAAUACUACCUCAGUUCCAAAUUAAAA